AUGCAGGGAACUUUUAUAGCUCUCCUCACCUUUUCUCUGGGGACAGGGGCUGUCCCAGGGAGUGGCUGCACCUACUACGAUGUUGUGGAGCACCUGAACAUCUCCUCUCACAGCAAGUUACAUGCACACAUCCUGCCCAAGGCAGACGUGAAGGAGCCUGUGGAAGUGAAGAUGGAUUUCAUGCUGGUGGCAAUUCUCUCCGUGGUGGAAAAGCUCCAGACAGUCACUUUUUACGUCGUGUUGAACCUGGAGUGGAAAAACACUUUUGCCACCUGGGACCCACAGGACUUUUGUAACAUUUCCAAAAUCAUUCUGCCCACAAAGACUUACUGGUCUCCCUCCAUCUUCAUUUUGGAGAGAGUGAACGGAGAAAACUCCAACCUGGACUACAUGUCUGUCAUGUACAACGGCAGCUUCAACGCCAGCCAGCCCUUCCAGGUCACCUUAACCUGUGCCUUGAUGAUCCUCAAGUUCCCCUUCGACACCCAGACCUGCAACUUGAGCAUUGCUUCCUUCCUCUACCCAGUAACAGACCUUGUCAUGGUGACCAGACGGACGCCAGCUGAGAUGAUGAGAGACAGCCAGAGUAUAUUCCUAACUGAUGGAGAAUGGAAGUUCACCAACCUGAGCAUCAUUGAACACCUGGAGGACCUGGAUGAUGGCACCUUUUCCGUCAUCACCUACGUGAUUUCCAUGGAGAGGCGCCCCAUGUUGUACAUCCUGAACCUGAUCCUCCCCACCUGUGCCCUGUACCUGCUGGACAUGGCUGUGCUGUUUGGCCCCAGCUCUCUGGAGGAGAAGAUCAGCUUCCAGAUUGCCAUCAUCCUCGGCAGCUCCAUGUUGGCUGUGAUUCUCAACAACAUCCUCCCAACUUCCUCCAACAAACCACCCAUCAUAGUGGUCUUCUUCUUAGGCACCUUCCUGCUCAUGAUCUUGGCUGUGCUGGACACCUUCUUCCUGUUGCACCAGCAGCACAAAUCCCUACAUCUAGACAAGGUCCUCAGAAGCUUCCAGCAAGGAGGCAGGAGGACCCAGUUUGACCAAGAGGCCUAA